UGUCACAAAGUCAACAACGUUGGGGAUGAUUGCAGCAAUUUUCCAUUUUCUAUUUCUCACUUCUGCGACACCACUUUCAGUUGCCGACACCGACUGUCCGAAACUCCGAGAUAAGAUAUACACAAUCUCGCAUAAAUAUAUAUAGCCACAAACUCGAUAUAGAGACAGAGCGAGAGUCAUAUGGAAAUGGAUAAAGCCUCUGACGCUAACUCUACUGUGAACACCACAGGCGGCGGCGGAGGAAGCGGUGAGGCUGGCAGGGAUGUGCGCCUCAACCAUGUGACCAAAAUCUCACAUAAGAUCUCCAAACCCAUUAGAAAGCAUCUUCCUCCAACUCCUCCUAAUAUCCCUAUUUUUGAGAAUAUCAAUCAAAAUCCCCAAUCAGAGCCGCCGCAGAACAAUCUGCAGCAGCCGCCUGUCUACAAUAUUAACAAGAAUGACUUCCGCAACGUUGUUCAGAAGCUCACUGGCUCUCCGUCCCACGAGCGUCCCCCACCGGUAAGCCACCCGAGGCCGCCGAGCUCCAGGCUUCAGAGGAUCCGCCCCCCGCCCUUGGCUCAGAUUAGCAACCACCCGCCACCUCUGGCGCAGGGCCCGACUUACGGCGUUGACCUGGCCCAAAAGGAUGUGUUAGACGGAUGUCAACGAGCUUUACAGCCGUUCUCCCCGCUUCCGCCGCUUCCGGCUGUGCUCGCGGCGGCGGAGUCCCCAAUCUCUGCACACAUGCGGUUCUUCCAGAGCUCAAUCUCAUCUUUUGCUGGUGCUUUGCCACGGUGGAACAGCGUCGCACAGCCGCAGCAGCAGCAGCCACCACCGGCGUCAUCUUCUACUGCCUCACCACUAUCAUUUCCAACUCUUCCGCUGUCUCCGCUGCCUUUUGGAUGUAUGCCAUCACCGAGAUCUCCAUACGCUGCGCCAUCGCCGAGCUUAUUUUUGCCGACUGGCCAAUUGGGGUUUCCACAGCUUCCUUUAUCGCCAACACUGCCUGUUCCAAGCCCAAGGUGGAACAAUAUGUAAGGAAUUUCGCCACUUAUGAAAGCUUCUGUAGGCUAACUGUCUUGAAUAAUCUGCCUGAAAGAAAUAGGACGACAGACAAGGUUGAUGCUCGCUCUACCUGUUUGUCUUGUUUGUGACCUUACACGAUAACUGUAACUGCUUCACAUGCUUGAAUCAAGUGCUCCAAAAUCAGCCUCUUUCAUGACUAGACAUGAGGUGCAGCUAGAAAAACGCCAUUAUGGAUUGCUGUAAAUUAUUUAAUGGAUCUCUCACUUUUCAUUUUCAUUCUUCAAGUUGAAAUGUUGUUGUUCUUUGUA